AUGGUUUUUAUUUUUUGUUGUUACAGCAGAAUGACCGAUAGAAAGAAAUAUAGGCCAAAAGUUAUGGAUACCAGUGAAAAAAUGAAGAGGAAGAAAAGCUGUAAUGAUCCUCUCUCCUCCUCGAAGAAGAAAUGUAAUCAUCCUUCCUCCAUGGAUCCAACUGCUGAUCCCACCUCCACUAAUCCCACCUCCUUCAAUCUAGUUGAUCCCACUGUUAAUCAUCCACCAAGUUCAUCCAACCCCAUAUGCAAUGAGGAAAUAUCUUUCUUCAACAAAGAUUGCAAACAGUGGUAUGAGAACUACAUUAAUUAUAGGCCUUUGUUAUUGGAGAGGGGUGUUUUACUAGAUCAAUUAAAAGAGGUAGGAUGUGAUGUUAUUUUUUCUCUUCAUCAAUGGAAUUCUGCAAUAGAUAUCAAGAAGACGGAUAAAACAUAUAAUACAUUGGUGAAGAUAUUUUAUUCUAAUAUGCAUGAUAUUGAUAGAGAUGAUUACAAGUUUAAGUCCCUUGUGAGGAACGUAAGUUUUGAAGUAACUCCAGAGUUAGUUUCAAACAUAUUGGGAGUUCGCCAACUCUUCAUUUCUAACAAUACCCUUACCUAUCCAUUCAAGAAUUUUAAGGACAUACCUAAGCUGAAAGAUGUUCAUGCAGAAGUUGAGGGUAUACCUAAUAAAUUUAGUGAGAGUGUUGACAAUCCAGAAUUUUUUCAGCAAGACCUUACUCCCAAAUAUAGUAUGUUAAAUCUUAUAGUGGGGUACAAUAUUAUACCAAAAGGACAUACUGCUAAGUUUGGACUUCAUCAAGCUCAUCUCUUGUAUGUCAUUGGAAAGGGUAUAUGUAUAGAUUUACCUUGUUUAAUAGUUGAUGAAAUUAUUUCGGUACAAGGUAUAAAGGAUAGGCGACGAUGUCUCUCAUUCCCAAUUUUGAUUGCAAAGAUUAUGGAGGAUUGUGGAGUUGUGAUUCACUCAAGCGACACUUAUUUCACUCCCAUGAGUCCAAUUUAUGGUGGGACAAUAAAGAAGAGUUUGGGGCAAGGGAAGAAGAAUACAACUCAGCAACCGCAGCCACAAGUCGAGAAUGAAGUUGAAGCUGAGGAUGAUGAAGCCCAAACCCAUGAUGUCCCAAAUUCUUCAACCGCUGGUGUCCCAAAUUGUUCCAUAACUGGUGUCCCAAAUUCUUCCACAGCUAGUCUUCCUCUUGAUGCAUUGCAGGUAUAUGGAAUGUUGCUGGUACGAUUGACUAGAAAGAUGGAGGAAUUUGAAAAUUCUCAAAAUAAAAUAAAGGAUACUCAAAAUGAAAUAAAGGAGUCUCUGAAGAGGAUGGAUAGUAGGUUGGAUAGAAUUGAGUCUAUUUUUAUGAAAAGCAAAGAAAUAACUAUGAAGUGA